AUGAAUAAAUUAAAAAAUAAUGUUAUUAGAAGCAUCCCGAAUCUACAUCAAGAAAUGAAGUUAGAGCAAAGUAAAAUACUAAGUGCAAUCAAACCUAAUGAAUUGCAAGAACCAAAAACAGCAAAAUACAUGGAAUUGGAUUUAAAGAAUAAAAUUAAUUUUUCAAUCAGAGAGAAUAUUACAAGUUUAAGUUCAGAAAGAUAGUAACCAAAAAAAAUAAAGAAAAUUGAUGGAAAAGUGGCAACAAUCGUAGAAUUAAUCAAAUAAGACUUACUUCCAAUGUUGAAUAUUCAGAAUGAUCGAAUUGAGAAAUUAGAAAGAAGAAUUAGGACUAAGAAUGAAUCAGAGGGUGAUUCUGAUUUACGGAAAUCGUCAUUGAUUUCAGAUAAAAAAUCUAAUUCAGUUGUUGAAAACGAAGUCUAGAAUUUAUCCGUUAGUGUAGAUGAAAUUAAAAAAAAUUUAUCACAUUUAGAUAAUUUUGUUAAAUAUCAAUUCAUAAAACGUAAAUGCUAGGGUUCAGAAGUGUAAAAUGACACUAAAAAUAAAAGUGCUAUAUCUCAAAUAUAAGCUAAACUUAAUACAGAAAUUAUUUAAUAAAAAAUUGAGACUCAAUAGACUACUAAAUAAAUCUAAGAAUACAUCACAGUGUAAUUGUAAGAAAUAAAAGAAUGGAUCAAUAAAAUAUCAAUUGAAUAAUAAAAGGAAAUAGAGGUCAAAUUAAAUUUGAUGGAAACUCAAUUUUAUCAGUUUCUUUAUCAACCAUUUGAGGUUUUGAGAUAAAUCCAAACAAAUUAAAGCGAUGUUUAGAGUAAAAUAAAGGAAUUCGAGUCUAUUAUUAAUUCUAAUAUAUUCUAGAGCUAAAUUUAAAAUUCUUAAGAAUUUGCGAAUUGUUGUAAAGAAAAUCAUAAUAAUAAGAGGAUUAUUAAAAUAAAUUGUGGGCAUUUCUACCACGAGGAAUGUUUAUAAACACAAAUGGAAGAGGAUUUAAAAGAGUAAAGAAUUAUAUGUUGCAAAAGAAUGUCAUAAUUAGAUUAAGUUAAAUAAAAUCCAUUAAAUAAGAGUCUCAAAGGAAAUGCAGGAUCAAAUUUACAAAGAGUAGAUAAAAUAGUGACUGAGAUCAUCGAAACUAGAUAUAAUAUAAUGUUAGAAAUGUGGAUUUUUGUGCAUUAACGAUUAAUCUUGCCAAGUUCAAGAAACUAAUUGCAAUAGUCAUGA